UUCCUUUAAAUAGCAGGAUUUUUUUUUCUUAAAAGGUGUCCAAGCUACAUAGAACCACAGAAUUUUACACAUGUCUCAGAAUUCUUCCUCAUGGGACUCUCAGAUGAUCCAGAACAGCAGCCUUUGCUCUUUGCUCUGUUCCUAUCCAUGUACCUGGCCACCAUGUUGAGGAACCUGCUCAUCAUCCUGGCAGUCAGCUCUGACUCCCAGCUCCACACCCCCAUGUACUUCUUCCUCUCCAGCCUGUCCAUAGCUGACAUCGGUUUCACCUCCACCACAAUCCCCAAGAUGAUGGUGGACAUCCACACUGACAGCAGAGUCAUAUCCUAUGAGGGCUGCCUGACUCAGAUGUCUGUUUUUACUCUUUUCAGAUGUUUGGACAAUGUACUCCUGGCUGUGAUGGCCUACGACAGGUUUGUGGCCAUCUGUCAACCCCUGCACUACCCAGUUAUCAUGAACUCACGCCUCUGUGGCAUGUUGGUUUUGGUGUGUUUUUUCACUUGCUUUUUGGACUCCCAGCUGCACAGUUUGGUGGUGUCACAGCUUAGGUUCUUCAUGGAUGUGGAAAUCCCUUAUUUUUUCUGUGACCCUUCUCAGUUAUUCAACCUUGCCUGUUCCGAUACUUCCACCAAUAACAUAUUAAUCUUUUUUAUUGGUGCUAUCUUUGGUGGUGUUCCACUUACAGGGAUCAUUUUCUCUUAUACUCGAAUUGUUUCCACCACUCUGAGAGUCUCAUCACCAUGUGGGAAGUACAAAGCCUUCUCAACCUGUGGCUCUCACCUGUCAGUGGUUUGCUUAUUUUAUGGUACAGCCCUUGGGGUCUACCUCAGUUCUGCUGUUUCACAUUCUCCCAGGAAGAGUGCUGUGGCCUCAGUGAUGUACACUGUGGUCACGCCCAUGCUGAACUCCUUCAUCUAUAGUCUGGGGAACAGAGACAUAAAGAAAGCCAUGCAGAGGCUCCUCAGAAGAACAGUCUAA